AUGCGCUCUUCCCUCGACUUUGACGACCCUGACCUCGAAGGCGCACCGCCCGCCUACGAUGCCCCCAGGAACAACGCUUCGAGCUCCACAGCCAACCGCGACGCAUCGCCUUUGCCAGCACCCAAGCCAACGAAACCUGCACCAUUGCCUAGAGAGUCUCUAGACGGUGAGACGAUAUUCGCAGUUGGUGGAGAGGAUGACGAUGACGAGAGGUGGAGUGAAGACGACAGCGAGAAUGAGGGCAAGCAUCUGACAGGCAAGAAAGGUUAG